CAUUCUAUUCUACAGGAUGAUUGAAGAGAGCGGAAAAAAGAGGACGAUGGCCGAAAAGCGUCAGCUCUUCAUGGAGAUGAGAGCUGAGAACUUUGACCUCAUUAGACUUUCCACGUAUCGGACCGCAUGCAAGCUUAGAUUUGUGCAGAAAAGAUGCAACUUACAUCUGGUCGACAUCUGGAAUAUGAUUGAAGCCUUCCGUGACAAUGGCCUUAAUACACUGGAUCACAACACCGAGAUCAACGUGUCCAGACUAGAAACCAUUAUCUCCUCGAUCUACUACCAGCUGAACAAACGCCUUCCAUCCACACACCAGAUCAGCGUCGACCAGUCUAUCAGCCUUCUGCUCAACUUCAUGAUAGCUGCCUAUGACAGCGAAGGCCAAGGGAAGCUGACCGUUUUCUCCGUCAAGGCGAUCUUGGCCACCAUGUGCGGAGGGAAAAUCCUGGACAAACUUCGAUAUAUUUUCUCCCAGGUGUCAGACUCUAGUGGGUUAAUGGUAUCUGCCAAGUUUGACCAGUUCCUGAGGGAGGUUCUCAAGUUGCCAACGACUGUAUUUGAGGGGCCUUCGUUUGGGUACACAGAGCACUCAGCGCGGACGUGUUUCCCACCACAGAAGAAAAUAGCACUAAACAUGUUUUUAGACACCGUGAUGGCUGAUCCCCCUCCCCAGUGCCUUGUCUGGUUACCUCUCAUGCAUCGGCUCGCCCACGUGGAAAACGUGUUCCAUCCUGUGGAAUGUUCUUUCUGCCUAAAUGAAAGUAUGAUGGGAUUUAGGUACAGAUGUCAGCAGUGCCACAACUACCAGCUCUGCCAGAACUGCUUUUGGCUUGGCCACGCAAAUGGCCCUCAUAGCAACCAGCAUCAAAUGAAAGAGCAUUCUUCCUGGAAAUCCCCUUCGAAAAAGUUAAGCCAUGCAAUCAGUAAAUCUCUUGGCUGUGUCCCCAGCAGAGAGCUGCCUCACCCUGUAUUUCCUGAGCACCCAGAGAAACCACUCGAUCUGGCUCAAAUAGUCCCAAUUCGUCCACUGUCCAACAUGAACGAUGCCUUGGUCACGCAUAUAUCCUCUGGUACACCCACUCCAAUUAAAAGGUUACAAAACAUCACGGAGACAUCCUGCCGAUUACCAGAUGAACAUGCGCUGAUAGCAGACUAUGUGACACGGCUCCGCAACGGCACACGUGUGUUGGACAGCCCAAGCAAGCUGGAUGAGGAACAUCGUCUGAUUGCCCGAUACGCAGCUCGAUUAGCUGCAGAAGCUGGGAACUCACCUCGUCCUCCCACAGAGCUCAGCUUCAAUUUUGAUGCAAACAAACAGCAACGUCAACUGAUCGCAGAGCUGGAGAACAAGAAUAGAGAAAUACUGCAAGAAAUUCAGCGACUACGGCUGGAACAUGAGCAGGCAUCACAGCCCACUCCAGAAAAGGCCCAGCAGAAUCCCACGCUACUAGCAGAGCUCCGCCUUCUGCGGCAGCGGAAGGAUGAGCUGGAGCAGAGAAUGUCCACCCUUCAGGAAAGUCGAAGGGAACUCAUGGUGCAACUGGAGAGUCUGAUGAAGCUACUUAAGGAGGAGGAACAGAGGCAGGCAGCUCAGGCUGCUGGAUCUCCACACUCCUCACCAAGUCAUGGAGCCACCCGGUCCAUGCCAAUGCCAGUGAGAUCCACAUCUGCUGGCUCCACUCCCACCCAUGUACCUCAGGAUUCAAUAGCCGGGUUUGGAGAUGUCCAUGAAGCAUUUGCACAUGGUACGAGGAGGAAUCUCCGGAAUGAUUUACUGGUGGCUGCAGAUUCAAUUACCAAUACCAUGUCUUCCUUGGUUAAAGAGCUGCAUUCAGCUGAGGAAGGUGGGGAGGAUGAAGAGCAGAAGAUUCAGAACGGGAAGGAUAGAGGUUAAACAUCUGGACAAAGCAGCAUGGUGAUCCAAGCACACUUCUAAAACAUCGUUGUACUUCUGAAAAUUUAAAGCCACAUUUCAACAGCCACAUCAACCAUCCAACAGAGAUGUGACCCAAGAUCAAGGCAUCAGGAGAGUCGCUGCUCCGACUGAAGGGCUUUUGGACAGGCAUCCUUAUGACUAGUGCAUGAUUGGUUCCCCGUGUAACAUACUGCACAUUUUAUUGGGUCUGCUCAAUCAUGUCCUGGGUGACGCUUGAACAAGAGUGUGUGUGUCUGUGAGUGCGUGCAUGUGUGUGACCCCUUGGUUGCUGGCCACCCUACAAUUUACUCUUCGAUUUCAGAGAGGCUUGAGACACUGUGAUCCACUAUCAGCUUGAGGUUCUUCUAAAAUGGAAGAAUAUGUUA